AUGCUAGCUUCACCAAAAUAUACCAUGAAGAAACUUCAGCUGCACAGCAAAACAUACAGCAAGGUAUUGCAGAUGCAUUACCUUGGCGUUGCUCUUGUGUUGAUGGUCUUCUGCUUGCUCUCUCCUUCCAGUUCCUGCACGGAGCAAGAGAAGAACUCCCUUCUCCGGUUCCUUGCCGAGCUCUCUCAAGACGGUGGCCUAUCCUCGUCAUGGCGGAAUGGCACGGAUUGCUGCAAGUGGGAAGGGGUCGCCUGCAAGCAAGACAGGAUGGUCAGACAUGUCUCGCUGCCUUCGAAGGGCCUCAAGGGGCACAUCUCACGGUCCCUUGGCGCCCUCACCGGGCUGCAGCACCUCGAUCUCUCUGAAAACUUGCUGUCCGGUGGCCUGCCCCGGGAAUUAUUGUCUUCCAGCAGCAUCGUCUUCCUCGAUGUCAGCCUUAACCAGCUCAACGGAACACUCCGUCAGCUGUCAUCUUCACCACCUGCCAGGCCUAUACAGUUGCAGGUACUAAACAUCUCAAGCAACUUAUUUGCAGGACAGUUUCCAUCCGCCACAUGGAAAGCAAUGGAGAAUCUGAUGGCACUCAAUGCCAGCAACAACAACUUUAUUGGGCGGGUACCAGCUCAAUUCUGUAACAGCUCACCAUCCCUCGCUGUGCUCGAUCUGUGUUUCAACAAAUUUAGCGGCAGCAUCCCCCCAGGACUUGGUGAUUGCUCCAAGCUGAGAGAGCUCAAGGCCGGGCAUAACAACCUCAGUGGAACGCUCCCAGAUGAACUCUUCAAUGCAACCUCGUUGGAAUACCUGUCUUUGCAAAACAAUGAUUUACAUGGAGUUCUUGAUACUGCAAACAUGGUCAGCCUCAGAAAUCUCGUAACCCUUGAUCUUGGAGGGAACCGAUUCAGUGGCAAGAUACCAGAUUAUAUAGGCCUGUUCAAGAGACUGGAGAAUCUCCAUUUGAACGACAACAAUAUGUCAGGGGAGCUGCCAUAUGCCCUCAGCAACUGCACAAAUCUCAUAACAGUUGACCUGAAGAGAAACAAACUUAGUGGAGAACUUACCAAUGUCAAUUUCUCCAAUCUUCCAAAACUAAAAACUUUAGAUCUAGAUUCCAACAACUUAUCCGGCACAGUUCCAGAAAGCAUAUACUCGUGCAGUAAUCUGACAGCGCUGCGGCUAUCUACCAACAACUUACACGGGCAGCUCUCGUCCAGAAUAGGUAAUCUGAAGCAUCUGUCCUUCUUGUCACUUGGCAAAAACAAUUUCACAAACAUCACAAAUGCACUUCAGAUCCUUAAGAGCAGCAAGAACCUGAGCACACUGUUUAUUGGGCACAACUUUAGGGGAGAGAUCCUCCCACAGGAUGAGACAAUUGAUGGAUUUGGAAAUCUUCAGGUUCUCGAUAUACAAGGUUGCCAAUUUUCCGGCAGAAUACCUGUAUGGAUAUCAAGGGCUGCAAACUUGCAGGUGUUACUUUUAUGUGGCAAUCGUCUCACUGGACCAAUACCAGGCUGGAUCAACUCUCUAAGUCAUCUCUUUUAUAUGGAUGUGUCAACCAACAGACUAACAGGACAAAUCCCGUUAACCUUGAUGGAGAUGCCAAUGCUAAAAUCAACUGAGAACAUAACUCAUAUGAACCCAAGGGUCUUUGAUCUGACAGUUACCAAUGGCCCAUCACUUGAAUACCGUACCAUUACAUCUUUCCCAGCAGUGUUGAAUCUAAGGAACAACUGCUUGACAGGUGUAAUUCCCCCGCAGAUUGGACAGCUCAAAGCGCUUGUUGUUCUUGAUUUCAGUUUUAAUAAGCUAUCCGGGCAGAUUCCACAUUCGGUUUGCAACCUCACAAACUUACAGGUGCUAGACCUGUCCAGUAACAAUCUCGCAGGUGCUAUCCCAGUUGCAUUGAAUGCCCUGCACUUCCUUUCGGCGUUCAGCAUUUCAAACAAUAACCUAGAAGGGCCUAUUCCAUCUGGAGGCCAGUUUGAUACAUUUCAGAAUUCUAGUUUCGACAGGAACCCAAAGCUGUGUGGCUCUGCUCUCACUCAAAAAUGCAAUUCAGCAGAAGCACAUCAACCCAUCAUUCCGUCCGCAAAACAAGCUGACUACAAGGUGGCCUUUGUGAUUGCAUUCGGUGCAUUCUUCGGUGUAGGGGUGUUGUAUGAUCAGUUAGUCUUGUCAAGGGUGCACUAG